GGCGGCGGCGCUAAGGCCCCGCGGCGGCGGUGGCGCUGCCGUGUUGACAGCGGCGGCCGCGCCGGGAGCUGCCCCGGGAAGCGGGUUGGCGGCGCCGGUUCUCCGCUCCCAGCUCCGCUAUGGCCUUCAUGGAGAAGCCGCCGGCCGGCAAGGUGCUGCUGGACGACACGGUGCCGCUGACAGCGCAGAUCGAGGCGAGCCAGAGCCUGCACUCGCACACGGAAUACAUAAUCCGUGUCCAGAGAGGAGUUUCAACAGAAAACAGUUGGCAGAUUGUGAGGCGAUAUAGUGACUUUGAUUUGUUGAAUAACAGCCUGCAGAUCUCAACUCUAAGUCUACCUCUUCCUCCAAAAAAGUUGAUUGGAAAUAUGGAGCGUGAAUUUAUCGCAGAAAGACAGAAGGGACUCCAGGCCUAUCUGGAUGUAAUUACUACCCAUCACAUACUGUCUAACUGUGAACUGGUAAAGAAAUUCUUGGACCCAAACAGCUAUUCUGUAAAUUACACUGAAAUUGCCUUACAGCAUGUUUCAAUGUUCUUCCGAUCAGAGCCAAAGUGGGAAGUAGUUGAACCAUUAAAAGAUAUAGGUUGGCGAAUACGUAAGAAAUAUUUCUUAAUGAAAAUUAAGAAUCAACCAAAGGAACGUCUAGUGUUAAGCUGGGCUGAUCUUGGCCCUGAUAAAUACUUGUCUGACAGAGACUUACAGUAUGCUGUGAAACUUCUUUCUUCCUGUUCUCAUCCCUAUAUUUACAAAAUCACUUUUGCCACUGCCAAUGAAUCUUCAGCGCUGGUUAUUAGACCAUUCAGUGAAAAAGGGACACUAAAGGACCUUAUUUAUAAGGCAAAGCCAAAAGACCCGUUCCUGAAGAAGUAUUGCAAUCCUAAAAAAAUUCAAGGUCUUGAACUUCAACAAAUAAAAACAUAUGGAAGGCAAAUAUUAGAGGUAUUAAAAUUCCUCCAUGAGAAAGGAUUUCCUUAUGGCCAUCUUCACUCUGCCAAUGUGAUGCUGGAUGGAGAUACCUGCAAGUUACUGGAUCUAGAAAAUUCCUUGUUGGGACUUCCAUCAUUUUAUCGAUCAUACUUUUCACAGUUUCGGAAAAUUAACACUUUAGAGGGUGUUGAUGUUCAUUGCUUUGGACACUUACUGUAUGAAAUGACGUAUGGAAGACCUCCAGACACGAUUCCAGUGGAGAGCUUCCCUCCUGCUCCAUCAGUGUUCAUUGUGUCAGUGUUGGAGUCCAUUCUGACUUGUGAAGCUCUGAAGAAUGGGAUGCCAACUGUCUCACGGCUCUUACAGAUGCCAUUAUUCAGUGACGUCCUGCUAACAAACUUUGAGAAACCACAGUUUAAGAUUCCUACUAAGCUAAAAGAGGCAUUGAAAAUCUCCAAGGAAUGCAUAGAAAAGCGAUUAACAGAAGAACAGAAAUUGAUUCACCAGCACAGAAGGUUGACAAGAGCUCAAUCUCAUCAUGGCUCUGAAGAAGAAAAAAAGAAAAGGAAGAUCUUGGCACGAAAAAAGUCCAAACGCUCUGCCAAUGAAAGUGGGGAAGAACACUCAGCCAAAUACAGCAACUCAAAUAACUCAGCAGGCUCUGGGGCAAGUUCCCCUUUAACAUCUCCGUCAUCUCCCACUCCGCCCUCCACAGCAGAGCAUGCAUCAUUUUGAACGUGAAUUUUCGGAAAAGUAAGCUAAUGCUGAUUUAUCUCUUUAAAGAUGCUCUGUUUCUGAAUGGGGAAGUUGGAUGCAAAUCUUGAAGUUUCUUAGUAUUGGGAGGGAAUAGAAGAAAAAAAAAUCUGAAUGUUCUUACAGAUUAUUUUAAUGAAAUACAGCAUCUUUAAAAACUAUCGCUAAAAUUAUUUUCUUUGUUCACAUCCCAUUCUCAGCCAAGUUUUUAAUGCUGUUUGCACAAUUGCUGUCACUUUAAAUUCAUAAUUAAGUUUUUGUUUCAAUUCAGGCAUCAAGUUUACAGCAUCUGAUUUACUUCCUAUUCCUUUUAACACACUCUUUUAACAAAAAUGUCCCUGUAAAAACCCUUGGUAAGUUCUUGUUUGAGUGUUUUAUUCUUACAACUGCAUGAAUGAAUGUGUAUUUGGAGGCAAAGUCCUUCAGCAUAUGUAUUGGAAGGGCCUAGUGAUAGCCAAGCACUUGUCUCAAAUGUUUUUUCUAGUAAAUACAGGAAAAUAUUUCACUAUAGGGCAGAACAUUUUCAUCUGUAGAUGUAAAUGUUUAUGACUGCAUGUGUGUGAAUUGAGAUUUCUUUUGCACCACUCAUGUCAAGAAGGGAAGGACAGCUUGGUGUUGAUUGCCUAACUGAAGGGAAUAGAUAUAAAGAUUUUUGAAUUAUGCUCUUAAUUAACAGGUUCAAUAUGUCAUGCUUAUAGCUAGUCAGAUACCAUUCUGAACCCUGUGUGUAUUUAUGUCUUAAGGUGGAGCUCAGGUGUAAGGCUGUAAUUUGUUGUUACCAGUUUCCCAGGAGUUUAAGUAAAUGAUGUUGUCAGCAGCUCAAUUUCAAGAAUAGUGAGUCCUGAGGAAUUUAACAAUCUUCCAGGAAGAAAGGUGAUCUCUGCCCCUACUUCCCUGUCUUUUCUACUCUUGUAAAAGACCAAAAUUUGAAGAUAACAUGUGGAAUCUUGGCCUACUAACACUUAAGUGAUCCAAGCAUUUUGUGUCUUUUUUGCCCUCUGUGUGUCAAACGUGUGCCUUCUUUCACCACGUGUUGUUACCAUUGUAUUUGUAUUCCCUGGCCACUGCUUUUGUGGUCAUUCAUCUUGUACAACUACUUGCAUAGUCUCUUUCAGCUUCACCUUGCAAUUCCAGACAAAAAUCUCAUCUUUGUUCUCUGCAGUUCUUCAAUCUCUUUGAAGCCAUUUCUUUUGUGAUCAGCUGCCCUUGGUGCUUUUACAGCAAUUUAUGUGAUCUGUUUGGGGGUAGGUUGGUGCACCAGUCCUGCAGGGUCCUGUUCUGACCACUUCAACCACUGAAUGCGUACUUGGACUGCUCUUAGUCUUGUUCUUCCUUUGGCCAAGUGCCAAAGUUUUCUUUCCUGACAGUCCAUCCACAAGAGAAACAGGACUCUAAUGUUGCGAAUGUCUUUUGAGUGUUUCUAAUAGUAAACUGAUGUACAUCUUUGGCAAGUGUAAAAAUCACAUUUCAUUAAGUAAGAAGGUCCCAGUAAGCAAUUUAUUUCAGUUUUUGCUGCCAUUGUAUAAAGUUUUGGUUACUUAGAAAGCAGUUGAUCCACAAGCAACAGGCAGGUUAAAUUGUUUCAGUUGAUCUCUGGUAUUUCUAUUGGGACUUGAGUAUCUGUCUCUUCUGUUAGGGAAGAAAGUGAAGAUGAGCUCAAUAUGUAUUUCAAUGCUUUGUUUUCAUAGAAGGCUUACAUGACAAUGAGAAUUUCUCCUGAAGAGCUGGAAGUGCUACAGUCACAGCACAUAUUAAUGUACACUGGCAAAAUUGGAUGCUUUAUGUGAAUACUCUGCAUUUUGAGCUUGCUCUCAUAUGGGAAAAGUCUUUUUUCGAAGACUGGUACAGAUAGGAAAAGAGGGAGUUUUAAAUUAUGUCUUUCAUCUAGUAUAACUCUUGUUUUAAAAACAGCGGUUCUGUUUUUACUGUUACUUAGUCUAAAAACAACUGUUAAUGAGGAAUUGAGAGAUAAAUGGAGCACAGAGAACUUUUUCCUGCUUUUUUUCUGUAACUGAGCUUUAUCUUUCAUCAAAUCCUUUUUGAGUCUGAGAUAUUGCUUGAUAUUUGCUCACUUCUAGCAAGCAGUUCUACUGCAGGAACAACGGUCUCUCGGUUGCCUUAAUGUUGUUUUACCUUGCCCAGUAUCACAGUUUUUGUCACUUACCAGCAU